AAAUUGAAAUCUCACUCUCUCUAUCUGAACUCUCUCUUGGUCAGCUUUGAUUAGAUCAUUUCGGUCUUUCGGUAGCAAGGGAGGAGGAGAAACAUGGUUGUGCGGAUCAGAUUAUCGAGAUUCGGAUGCAAAAAUCGGCCAUUUUUUCGGGUUAUGGCGGCAGAUAGCAGAUCCCCUAGAGACGGGAAGCACCUUGAGGUUUUGGGUUACUUCAAUCCUUUGCCAGGCCAGGACGGUGGUAAGAGGAUGGGUCUGAAGUUCGAUCGAAUUAAGUACUGGUUAUCUGUUGGUGCUCAGCCAUCGGACCCGGUUCAGCGUCUCCUAUUCAGAUCCGGUCUACUUCCUCCUCCGCCAAUGUUGGCUAUGGGACGUAAAGGUGGACCAAGAGACAAUCGCCCGGUUGAUCCAAUGACUGGUCGCUAUGUGGAUGCAGAGAAGAAACCAGUUACUGAUAACCAGCCUAAGGAAGAGGAAGACAAGAGUGCAUGAUUCAUUAGCCUUUUUCGUCGUCGUAGCUUUUAAGUUCACUUUGUUGCCGAUCAUAACUUGUGACUGUAAUACACACCUUGGGCUUGUUCCUUUGUUUGGCAAUAAACGGCAAAGUGUUUAGAAGCCUUUUGCAAAACCGGCACAUAUUUUGCAUUCGGAUAUUAAGUUUUACCGUAUGUUUUUGGUCAUUUAUUUAUACAGUUGGAGUUUAAUUUUAUUAUUAA